CUAGCUUUCUCUUUGCUCUCUGCAGUCUGACACCCUUUUGUCUAAAUUUCAGCUAUCUAUAACUAUGAUGCCAAAGGAGAGCCAGAGCUGAGUCUUCAGGUGGGGGACACGGUACACAUACUUGAGACGUUUGAAGGGUGGUACCGAGGAUACACACUACGACAGAAAUCACAAAAGGGCAUUUUUCCUGCCAGCUACAUUCAUCUGAAAGAAGCCAAAGUUGAGGGAACAGGAAAACAAGAAACCGUCGUGCCUACAGAUUUGCCUUUAGUUCAGGAGCUCGGCACCACACUUCGAGAAUGGACACAAAUAUGGCACAAGCUUUAUGUGAGCAACAAGAGCACGCUGUUCCGGAACGUUCAGCAGAUGGCCUACAGUCUGAUCGAGUACCGCUCGCAGAUUGUGUCCGGCACGCUUCCCAACGACGACCUUGUGGAGCUCAAGAAGAAAGUCACAGCAAAAAUCGAUUAUGGGAACAGGAUUCUGGGUCUUGAUUUAGUGGUGCGCGAUGAAGCUGGAAACACUUUAGACCCUGAAAGCAGCAGCACAGUCAGUCUGUUCAGGGCUCACGAAUCUGCAUCUCACAGCAUUGACGAGAGGAUACAGGAGGAGAAGAUGCGCCUGCAGAACUUGGAGAAGCGGAGACAGAGCCUUUUUAGUGGCGUUCACACGUACAGCCUUUUAAUGAAUCUUAGAAACUUUGUGUGCAACAUCGGCGAGGACGCAGAACUUUUCAUGUCAUUAUAUGAUCCUGACAAGUCUGAAUUUAUUAGUGAAAACUUCCUGGUGCGGUGGGACAGCACAGGCAUGCCAAAAGAGAUAGAAAAACUCAACAACCUUCCUGCACUCUUUACGGAUCUGAACAGCAGUGACCUCCUCCGACAGCGUCUUUUUCUGGUGUGUCAAAUCAUUCGUGUGGGCUGCAUGGAGCUGAAGGAGGGAAAGAAACACACAGGAGGGCUGAGGAGGCCAUUUGGAGUAGCAGGUGCUUGACUUACAAAUAUGUG